AAGCUUUCCCAUAAAGUUUCUGUAAUUUUUCAUGAGAACGUAGCAGAACAAUUAUUUAUAUGUUGCAAGAGAUGCGCAUAUCCAUCGUGGUUCGAUUCAGUAUUUACAAAUGAAAGACGAACCGUGCUUUCGUGCAUGCGCUAUCCGAUGACGUCAAAAACAGUGACGUGCAUUGUUAUGGGGGGCAUCAAAGUGUACAGAGUACAGCAGGUUUUUACGAACUGCGUAAACGUACAGAUAAUUUUCUAAAAUAGCCUCAUAGAAGACUAAACGGUACCUGUUUUCAUUCGAUCAGGACACUUUGUUGAUGUUAAUUUCGACGAGACACGUGUGAAAUAAAAAACCGGCCUAUCUAAAAACACUGAUUUAGUCACGUCCAUUUUCUCCGAUGCCCAAGGAUAAUGGGCAACAUUUUUAUGCCAAACAUCCACCACCUCAAGACCUUGCUCAGAGCGAAGCAUUGCUAAAAGAAUUUAUAGGGCGGCAAUUAGAAAGGAACAAAGUUGUACUGGUAACAAGCGGUGGUACAACAACACCUUUAGAACACAAUACUGUAAGAUUUGUAGAUAAUUUUAGUGCGGGAACAAGAGGAUCUGUGUCUGCAGAAUAUUUUUUAGAAAAAGGAUACGCUGUAAUUUUUAUGCACAGAGUGAAAUCCCUAGAACCAUUUUCAAGGCAUUUUAUAGGAUACAAAGUAUUAGACAUGUUAGAAAUGAAGCAACUAGAAGGAAAAUCUGUCAUAACAGUACAAUCGCAAUAUACGGAAAAGUUAGCGUCGAUAUUACAUAAAUAUAAAGAAGCCUUGAAUCAAGACAAAUUGCUGCAACUUACAUUCACAACAGUCUCUGAAUAUCUCUGGCUUCUCCGAUCCGCUUGUCAAGCGCUAGCCUGCCUUAAAGACAAAGCUAUUUUAUAUCUUGCAGCGGCAGUUUCAGACUUUUACAUUCCAUCCAAUGAAUUGUCAGUUCACAAGAUCUCUUCCAGCGGACCACCAACGAUAUCCCUUAAAUUAGUACCGAAAUUAUUAGCUCCUUUGGUAAAUUUAUGGGUUCCACAGGCAUUUGUAGUGUCAUUCAAAUUGGAAACAGACGAAAAUCUAUUAAUAUCGAAAGCGAGAAAUGCACUCAAUAAAUACAAGCAUAACUUAGUCAUAGCUAAUAUGUUACAAACACGAAAGCAGCAAGUAAUAAUUGUCAAUCACGAGAAUGAUUACGUUAUAUCUCUCACGGACGAGCAAUUGAACAAAGGUGAAGAAAUCGAAAAAUUGAUCGUGAAUAAUCUCAUCGACAGACACCAAUGUUUCAUACGAUCUAAUGAAAAAGCUAAGUGAUGCGUAUUUUCGUCACAUUCUUUUAAUUUAUAUAAAAUGCAUUUCAAUUUGGGAAAUAUAAAAUAAACAUGUCUGAUGAUCGAUAAUUGGCAUUAUAUUGGUACAGUUCCAUAUUGACGAAUUGAAAAGAAU